ACUUUCUUAAAGAUACAGUGAGACCGUAAUUCCGUGGGCGGAGAAUAAUCUUUUGCUAACUUGGUCUGCAGCCUAUGUCAAAUUACACCAUUUUGUCGAACAAAACAGAAGGGAGGUGAGCUAAGGUUUGAUAUUGUUCUCCACUUGCAGGUUGAUUCAAAAAGAAAUGGCAAGCCGAUUAUUCCGAGCCGUCAUUAUGGGUCCCCCAGGCUCAGGAAAAGGAACAAUCUCGGACAGAAUUGCGCAAAGUUUUGGCCUGAAACAUCUGUCCAGUGGCGACUUCCUACGGGAUAGCAUUGCUGCAAACACCGAGGCUGGUGUUAUGGCGAAGGCAUACAUUGAGAAGGGUCUUUUGGUCCCUGAUCAUGUCAUGACACAUGUCCUGCUUCCGCGGCUGGAGCUGAUGAGCGGACACAGCUGGCUUCUGGAUGGUUUUCCGCGAACACUAGCUCAAGCCACUGCCCUGGACAGUGUUUGUCAGUUGGACAUGGCAAUCAUCUUGAAUAUUCCCUUUGAGACACUGAAGGAGAGACUGAGUGAAAGGUGGGUUCAUCCAGCCAGCGGGAGAGUGUACAACGUGGAGUUCAAUCCUCCUCGUGUCAAGGGUGUGGAUGACAUCAGUGGAGAGCCCCUGAUCCAAAAUGAUGAUGACAAGCCAGAGGCAGUGCUUAGUAAGCUGCGACGCUACAAAGACAUCGCCAAACCUGUUAUGGACUUUUACAAGAAGAAAGACAUCUUAUACUCUUUCUCAGGGACAGAUACAGAUAAGAUCUGGCCCUACAUCAGCUCCCUGCUCAGUACUAAGCUCCCUGCGGUCCAGGCCAGUGCACAGACAAGCCAUUGCACACCCAUCAACACUGAAGGCAUUCUGUAAGGACGUUUUGCAUGAAGGAGGCUUGAUUCGUGGUAGCAUGUGGAAGACUAUCAGCUCAGUUCAAAGCCAGUGUCUUCUGACAGCUUGAUAUGUAUCCAAAAUCCAGAUGCAUACACUUUAUAGAUUGUAGUUAUAUUCAGUUAAUUAGGAACCAUGCAUUUGGGUACAAUCCAGUCAAGCAUGGUAGUAUCUGAAAUCCUUACAACAACAAAUGCAUGCCUGCCACCUUUUCAGAGUGGAAUUCCUUGUACAAACUUAUAUUUAGAUUUUAUUAUGAAUUUUAGAGGGGACAUUUCAAAAUGCACACCAUUGUCUGAUACAAUAUAUAGCCUACUAUAAAAUUGGCAGUGGGACCAUUUUGCUCAAAAGUUGGAACUAUAAUGUGUGUGCACGCUUGAUUGCGGAAAAUAGAUUUUUCUGGGCUUUCAAACUGUUCUAUCGUGCUUUAUUUGAAAAUGCUGACAACGCUGACCAAAGAUUAUAUUCUAGACAAGGAAGAUACCAAGCAAUUGGGAGAGGGAGAGGCAUUUAUGUGUGCUAUUGCACUGAACAAACAUGUUGUCAUUGUCAAAAGAAAUGCUAAAUAUGGAAUUCUCAGGAACAGCAAAAACAUUUUCAUGUUUGCUAAUAUAACACUAGGAAUUUGGUUUUUAACCCAAUGUAAUUACUUCUUACACGGGGCUGGACAAGAGCCUUAAAUACAGUGGGGUCCAAAAGUCUGAGACCACAUUGAAAAUCUGAGGGUUUUUAGGAUGCACAAUCCACAAUGACCUGACCUCAACCCCAUUGAAUAUUUAUGGGGAUACUUGAAGACUGACUAAAGCAAAGUAUUCAGUAACAUCACAAGAUGCUCAUUGGAACAUUGUCAAAUAAUGCUGGGAUGAUGUGGAUCAUGAGGUUUUGCACUAAUUUGUGGAGUCCAUGCCAGCUCGAGUGCAUGUUACCAUUAAAGCAAAAGGGGGUUAUAUGAAAUACUAAGAAAUUUUGAAAUUCAUUUAAAUGUUUCAAAGAUUCAACUUUUCACAAAAAUUGUUAUGCUGAUAAAAAGUUUGUAUUAAAUUAGAAAAGAAUGCAAAAUAGAAGCAUUUUCACUGGUGUUCUCAGACUUUUGGACCACACUGUACGUGUCAAUGUUUUGUGCUGACCAUAUUGACAGUAUGCUCAUAUGAAAUUGAAUAAUACUCUUUUGUGUGUACAUUUUAAAAAUAUUUGUGUAGGUUUUCCAUUGAAUUUCCACGUGUAAAUUAAAUAAUCAGGCUAUUUCUAUAACUAAAAUUUGAGUAAUGUUAUAUUAUUCAAAUUAAAAAAUACAAUGAAAGUUGUCUACGAAACAAGCGGAAUCUAGGUUUUAGGAAAUGUAUUGAUAAAUAUGUUGUAUAAAAAUGUAUUGUUGCAUUUAUUUGCACACUAAAUUGGCAGUUUAAGUACAUCUUUGGUUCUUUGUUGAUUUCAGUAUUGCGUAUGACAGCUGUACACAAUGACACUUAUUUUCUAAGUACAGUUUUAUUGACAGUUUAUUGACUAUUAUUUGUAACCGACAGUUAUACGGUGAAAUGUAGGACACAAAUGUCUCUCCUGUGUACAUUUCUGAAAUAUUUUUUUUGUAUAAGCAUAUUUUGUGUAAGCAUUUGCAGUAUGUGAUGGGAAGAAAUGAUAUUACAUUGUUACAGGCUUUUUAUUGUUUCCAAAGCCCUCCUCUUAUGUGCAAUACUAUAUUCAUUUUUUAUGUUUUCUUCCAAUGUUAUUUUGCAAACCUACUGCAUUCCAAAUAAAAUAAAAAUAAAAUUAUUUUCUCAA